AAGCAAAUGAAUUGGCAGAAAGGAAUACAAGUGAGUUCCAAAUUCUAAAUUUCCUGCUUCAAAUGGCAGAGAAUGUUAGGUGUUCUCUGACAAAAUGAAAUACACAAUACUUUUUGUACUUUAGUGAAUGUUGUCCCACAGGAAAUGCUAAAAACCAUCUUUUUUUUAAUUUUAUUCUUUUUGAACCACAUCUACAUCAAUAAGUGAUUAAUUGAAUAAUCAAAUGAUAGAUCAUUGUCUGAACUGUCAUAGAUUUCUUUUAUCCCUUAUUUUUCCGGGGGAUAUAGAGAUUUAGUUUUGCAGAGUGGCUCAGGUUCUCUUGGAGAGGGCAAUAUCAUCUGCCAAUUUCCAGGACAGAAUUGCUAACCCAGACACUUUGUUAUAGGCCAGAAUGAUAGUUCAACUGUGUCUCUUUCUCUGCCUCUUCAAUCUUGCUUAUUUCUGGGAUCAAGUUGGAGGGCAGAAAGCAUUUCAGUCCGCUACUGCACUAACCAGGAGUAGUUUUCCUGAUGGCUUUAUCUUUGGUGCAGGAUCAAGUGCUUACCAGUAUGAAGGAGCAGCAGCUUUGGAUGGCAGGGCACCAAGUAUAUGGGAUACUUUCACUAGAGAACAUCCAGAAAAAAUUAGAGACCACAGUAAUGGGAAUGUAGCUGAGGAUUUUUACCAUCUUUAUGGGAAGGACAUUCCUCUCAUGAAAGAUAUCGGUUUAGACUCCUAUAGAUUAUCAAUCUCAUGGCCAAGAGUACUACCUGGGGGAAGAAUUAGCAGGGGAGUGAACUGGGAAGGCGUCAAAUUCUAUAAUUAUCUGAUUGACGAGCUCCUUUCAAAUGGUAUACAGCCCUUUGUAACCAUAUUCCACUGGGAUGUUCCACAAGCUCUUGAAGAUGAAUACAACGGACUUUUAAGCCCAAAUAUUGUGAAUGAUUACUAUGACUACGUCGACUUUUGUUUCAAAGAAUUUGGAGAUAGAGUGAAGCAUUGGGUGACUGUCAAUGAACCUAAUUUAAUGAGUAUUUAUGGAUAUGCAUAUGGUGUUAAUGCACCUGGUCGAUGUUCGGAUUAUAUUGGAAAUUGCACUCAAGGAGACUCUGCCACAGAGCCGUAUAUUGUCGUCCAUCACCUGAUUCUCUGUCAUUCGACUGCCGUGAGAUUGUACAGGGAAAAAUAUCAGGCUACUCAAGGAGGAAUUAUUGGGAUUACAGUAUUUACAGCAUGGAUAGUUCCCAAGUAUCAGGAUGCUGCUUGCAAGAAGGCCGCCUCUAGAGCCUGUGAUUUUCUGUUCGGAUGGAUUAUGCAUCCAAUUACUUAUGGUGACUACCCCGAAACCAUGAAAUAUUUGGUGGGUAAUAGACUACCAGGAUUCACAGAAGCAGAAGCUGAAUUGGUAAAAGGCUCAUAUGAUUUCAUUGGAAUAAAUUACUACACAGCAGUCUAUGCAGAUGAUCUUACAUCUUAUAGUAGUGUGAAUCUGAGUUAUACAACUGAUAGCCGCGUUAACGAAACAAGUGAGAAAAAUGGGAUUCCUAUUGGUCAACCAACUGAUGUCAGCUGGCUAUACAUAUACCCAGAGGGAAUUGAUGAACUUCUGCUGUACUUGAACAGAAAAUACAACCAUCCUGUCAUUUACAUCACUGAGAAUGGAAUGGGUGAUAAGAGCUCAUUGUCACUUGCUGAUGCUCUCCAAGAUAGGCUGAGGAUAAAAUUCCAUCAUCUUCAUCUAUCAUAUAUCUUAAACGCCAUCAAGGAAGGUGUUAACGUCAGAGGAUACUAUAUUUGGUCAUUUUUAGAUGACUUCGAAUGGGAUUUGGGUUAUACUUUUCGAUUUGGUAUCACUUAUAUUGAUUAUACGAAUGGUUUACAAAGAUAUCUCAAACGCUCUGCUUUGUGGUUCAAGAAAUUCCUCCAAAAUGAGAACAGAAUUACUGAAUCUUCUUUGUUGAACGUUGAGUGAUUGAAACUCAGACCAUCUGGCAAUUGCCUAGAGAUGGCAAAUGGAUAGAUAUGAGUGUGUUGAUCGAAUAUAAGAAGGGGAUUUUGACCAAUCCAUUUAUUUGUAUAUGAUCCAUUUAAAAUUUAUAUAGAAAUCCAGACUUAUAUAAUCCACAUAAAUUCUUACA